AUGAGGCCCUUUACCGCAGUCACCGCGCUCUGCGGGUUGUUACUAUCCAGCAGCUUAGUAUGCGCCGACGCAUCAUCCAGCUCGCGAGUCACUCUCCCUGCCGGCUUCAAGCCUCAGCAGGCUUUUAAAAAUGUGAACAUGGUUCGGAACACCAACUUGGAGAAGGGAUACGUUCGGGAAACCGUCAAUGUUGUUGUGCAGAAUGUCGAUAAACAACCGCAGAGCGACUACUACCUGCCGUUCCCCUCGGACGUUUUUGACAAGGUCGGAGGACUAGAGGUCCGGGAUAAGAAGACUCCGGAGAAAGGCAGAUUUGACGUGGAGGCCUUGGAGGUUGAAUCGCCAAGUAACUACCAGUACUUUGUCGUUCACUUCCCAAAGCCCCUCGCGCCUUCGUCUCAGAUUACCCUGGGAAUCUCAUACACUCUGCUCAAUUCGCUCACCCCGCGCCCUGCUGCCAUCAGCCAGGCCGACAAGCAGUUCCUCACCUAUUCUUUCUCCGCCUAUACACCAUCUGCGUAUCCAACGGUGACCCAGAAGACCAAAGUCAGAUUCCCCAACACCAAUGUUCCCGACUAUACUACCACCAGCGGGCUCAAGGACGGCUCGGAUCCCGAGCGCCAGGGAGCUACAUACACCUACGGACCCUAUGAUACAGCCAAGGUUGCCCCCGGCACCACUUACCCAAUCACCGUGCGAUAUGAGUUUACCAAGCCCGUCAUUACUGCAUCCUUGCUCGAACGGGACGUGGAGGUUUCUCACUGGGGUGGAAACCUGGCUACCGAGGAGCGUUACUGGCUCCACAACAAUGGUUCCAAGCUCCUCAACCAGUUCUCCCGCGUCCAAUGGACCUUGACAAAUUACCAGCAGCUGCCAUCAUCCGCAGUCCGUGAGCUCAAGUAUCCUCUUAAGCCCGGCGCGGUGGAUCCCUACUUCAUUGAUGACAUUGGCAACGUAUCUACUAGCCGCUACCGGCCCGGAAACCCCCCCAAGCGUGAAGGAUCUCUGGAGCUACGUCCUCGCUUCCCAAUCUUUGGUGGCUGGAAUUAUAGCUUCCGGGUCGGCUGGAACGAUGAGCUGUCCACCUUCUUGCGCAAGGCCGCUACCGGUGCCGAUACCUAUGUCCUCAAGGUCCCUUUCAUCGAGGGUUUCAAGAUGCCCGAAGGAGCCCAGUACGAGAAGGUUGUGGUCCGAGUUAUCCUUCCCGAGGGUGCCCGAAACGUUCAAUACCAGAUCCUGGAAGGGUCAUCCCCCAACGGUCUCCCGGGACCAAGCCAGAUCCAAUCCCAUGUGUCUGAGUACCGGACAUACAUGGACACAUUGGGCCGCGCCACUCUAACCCUUACUACCGAGAAUCUCUCCGAUGAGGCCCGCGACUCUCAGCUUGUGGUUACUUAUGACUACUCUUUCUGGGAUGGCCUACGCAAGCCCUUCACCAUCACCGCUGGGCUUUUUACUGUAUUCGCCGCCGCGUGGUUCGUCGGCAGCCUGGACGUGAGCAUUAAGAAGCGGUAG